GGGGGAGCUUUGUGUGUGUUGAUUAGUCAGCUGAGCGGAGAGCUUGGAAGGGGAAUGUGCAGUGUAGGAGCGUGAUUGAAGGAGUUCAGCAAGAACGUUUCGUUGUGUUCGGGGAUUUCAUCGGGAGCUUUGCAGCGAUACAAAAUUAAGUUUUGUUAAGAAAAGUGUGUUCUUUCCAAACGACGUCGGACUGUGAGUUUGCAGGUUUUUGGUUGGUGUCCAAAAAGUGGAUGUGAUUUCUUAUUAAAGAAUUUGUGAGAACGCAAAAUGGCUUUAGCUGGCUGUCCGGACUAUUUUCUACACCAUCCAAAUUACCAGGCUUCCAAUGAUGUGGCUUCCCAAAGGGAAUGUGGUUUACUUGGUCAAAAGGACAAUGUAGACCGGGCUUCAGCUCACAGGCCAGAAGAUAUGAUUGGUCAAGGGUUCCAGCCGUCCUCCCAUGGGAAUUCUUCUAAUCAAGAUGAUGAUGUCGACCUGGAGGCUUUGGUAAAUGACAUGAACUCCUCCUUUGAAAGCCUGUACUCGACUUGCAGCACCCAGUCAGAAUCCGCAUCACUUCUUCAAAAUGGUCAGUUUGUCCGCAGCCACAUACAGACCUCAGGAGUAGCCCCUGUACAGCCCACAUCCCCGAGACAGAAGGUGCGGCGUUCCCAGCCAAUGCAUAUCCUUGCAGUCAGAAGACUUCAGGAAGAGGAACAGCAGUUCCGUACAUCGUCCCUGCCAGCCAUCCCGAAUCCCUUUCCUGAGCUGUGCAGCCCGGCCAGCUCCCCUGUCCUGUCCCCUGGGUCUUUACCUCAGGACCAGCCUACGGACAAAAAUAUUAUUAAAGUUUGUAGCGAAGACGGCACUAGCAAAGUAGUGGAGAUUCCAGCAGACAUGACAGCCAGAGACCUCUGCCAGCUGCUGGUGUACAAAAGCCAUUGUGUAGAUGACAACAGUUGGUCACUUGUCGAAUAUCACCCUCAUCUUGGGCUAGAUAGAAGUUUGGAAGACCAUGAGCAUGUGGUUCAAGUCCAGUCUACAAUGGCAAGUGAGAGCAAAUUUGUGUUCAGAAAGAACUAUGCCAAAUAUGAAUUUUUUAAAAAUCCUGCGAACUUUUUCCCAGAGCAGAUGGUAGCAUGGUGCCAGGAAACCAACGGCACUAUUCCACCGUCACAGCUCUUACAGAACUUCUUAAACUCCAGCAGUUGUCCUGAAAUUCAGGGUUUCUUGCACGUCAAAGAAUUGGGAAGGAAAUCCUGGAAGAAGCUAUAUGUGUUUUUAAGAAGGUCAGGGCUAUAUUGCUCUACAAAAGGAAACUCUAAGGAGCCUAGGCAUUUGCAGUUACUAGCUGAUCUUGAGGACAGUAACAUCUUCUCAGUUAUUACCAGCAAGAAGCUUUACAAUGCACCAACAGACUUUGGAUUCUGUAUAAAGCCCAACAAAGCAAGGAAUGAAACAAAAGAGCUGAGGUUGUUAUGUGCUGAAGAUGAGCAGAGCAGGACUUGUUGGAUAACAGCAUUCCGACUCUUCAAAUAUGGAAUGUUGCUGUAUCAGAACUACAAAAUUCCCAGACAGAGAAAGUCUUUACUGUCACACUUCUCAGCACCAGUGAGAAGUAUAUCCGAAAACUCUCUGGUAGCCAUGGACUUCUCAGGAAGAAUAGGAAGAGUCAUUGAUAACCCAGCUGAAGCACAAAGCGCAGCCAUGGAGGAGGGCCAUGCCUGGCGGAAACGAAGUCAGCGUAUGAAUGUCCUUGGAAGCCCAAGCCCCCUCCAUCCCAACGCACUAAACUCAGUCAUUCACAGAACACAGCCGUGGUUUCACGGGAGGAUCGCUCGAGAAGACUCUCACAGAAUGAUCAUACAACAAGGGCUAGUUGAUGGGAUUUUCCUUUUGAGGGACAGUCAGAGUAAUCCAAAAGCAUUUGUACUUACUCUGUGCCAUCAUCAGAAAAUUAAACAUUUCCAGAUCUUACCUUGUGAAGAGGAUGGACAGAUCUUUUUCAGCCUUGAUGACGGAAGUACCAAAUUCACUGACCUUAUCCAGCUUGUCGAGUUUUACCAGCUGAACCGUGGAGUUCUGCCCUGCAAACUCAAGCACCACUGCACAAUAGUGGCCUUGUGACCUUUGACUCGACUUUGCCAAACCAUUUUUUUUUUCUUGUGAUAAGCUGUUGAAGAAUCUGUGGCUCAGAGACCGAUCUGAGACCUUCAUUAAUCUGUGAUUUCAGAUACCAAGAACCAUGUUGUCAUCAUCAAAGAUUGCUUGUGUUGAAACACUGAUUACAAUUCAUAUUAUUAUACAACACUCUGCUGGCAAAUUGAGCACAUUAUAAUGAUCAUGGUUUGGAACUGCAUUGUAUGACCCAAGUGCUUGUGUGUUUUAUUUUGUCAUUUUGUUACAUUUUCUUGCACAAUCAACUGGAAGUGAUCAUCAGGCUGGGCUACUAUAAAUAACAAAUAAGCAUGAAGAUAAUUGUUCUGGAAAUAUAUUUUCCCCUGGAAUGUUCUUCACAAGUUAGAAAAUGCACUCCUGAACUGAACACAACCUUUAUCAGCUGACGUAACAAUGCAACUCCUGUGGUACUUUUUUUUUUUUUCUAAACCUAAAGCUGCCGUGAGAAGGUCUUCAGAGUUAAUUGGAUUAUAAAAGAACCUGACCAUGAAAAGUUGCAGCCGGGACUAAUCUGUGGGAAAUUACCUAACAUCAUGCAGCCAUCUUAAGUGUUUUUUUAGUAACAUGCAACUCAAGAACCACAAAACCAAGAGCAAUGUCAUGAAGCAAGCUGUGACUCACUGCAGCUGUUCGCUUCCCAGUUCAGUGGCCGUUCAGACAAUCCCUGCUCUCUGCUGUUUAUUCUAGACAGAGCUUGUGAUGCAGAAUCCCAUUAGUAAAGUAUAUUGAGACCCUGCAGUUAGUGUUAAUUUCUUUUUUAUUUUACUCAAUUGUGUAGAGCAUAAGUAUACUCUCAUUAGCAAACAUCUGAGACUGAAGGCAGUUUGUUUUCAGGCCCGCUGUUUCGUACCUGUAAAAGGUCAGUCCAACAUGCAGCAUUAGUUACAAACCUACAUAUCCACACGACAAUCUGAGUGUAAACAUUAAUUCAGGGAUCUUUCAGAAGGCUGGUAAGGAAGGGACUGCUCCAAAUAUACCAGAAGAGAGUUUCGGAAAGACAGUGUAUUCAAAAGUUGUCUGACAAAUUUAACAUUUUGGCUCCACAAUCACUGUAAUAUAUAUAUAUAUAUAUAUAUAUAUAUAUAUAUAUAUAUAUAUAUAUAUAUAUAUAUAUAUAUAUAUAUAUAUAUAAAUACCUGAAUCAGCAAGUAAAAAAGUAUCUCUAACUGAACCCAUAACAUCAGUAAGAGGAGAAAAUUGCUUUCCAUAUCCCCUCAAAAACCUAUUCAAUGUGAAAUAUCACUCCAGAUAUGUUUGUUUAGUGGUGCGUAUUAUCAACCAUAAUAGCUGUCUCACAAUGCUCAACAAGAUAGCUAGUCCUUUUUCUGUGUGUGUAGCUUAGAGCUGAAACAACUUUAGAUCAGACUCUAAGCAAGGGAUCUGAAUACUUCCUACAAUCAUUUGUUCAUUUAAAUGCUUCAAGAAAAAGCAGUGAUGUGGUGCUGUAUGGGUUGCAUUGGUUACUUUUAACGUUAUAAAGAAAAUCUACACUGCAGGUGGAAUCAUGCAUUUCAUAUGUAUACAUAUACAAAACUACGUCAAGCAUGUAGAAGCAACACUGUAUUUUAGUUUACAGACCAUUCAUUUACAGCAUAUGUGUAUCAAAAAAUGUCUGCGUAUAAAAUGAAGAAACUUGAUUUUGUUAUGCAUUUUUUUAAUUAUUAUUUGGUAAAUGUACAGAUUAAGUUGCUUAUAUUUGUUGUUUUUUAUGUAAUUUCACAAAAAAACUGUCUUGAAAAAAUGUUAUGCUUAAAUUAAGCAAUUUUUUUAGGUAUUACACUUGGCAUAAAUCUUCUCCAAGAACAGUUGAAGCUAAGAAUGCAAUUUAUAAACAGUAAAAAAAAACAAAAAAAAAAACUGAAAAGUUAUUUUUAUAUAAGGCUUUCAGAUAAUUGAAUACUAACAGUCAUUAUCAUUAUAUUUGUUGUAGUGACUUUUUUUGUUUUUUAAACUCAUAUUCAAAUCUAUAAAAAUGCUAGCAUUGUAUGUACAGUAUGGCUCUGAACUUGGUCGUCACCUAUGUAUGUCGAUUCAUGCUUACAGCAUAUGGAUAUUUUCAGCUAGCAGACAACUCAAAAUUAAAGUAACUGGCUGAAGGUAAUUUUACUUUAUUUUCUAUUUAAGUGACAUGAAUGUAAAUGGGACGCUCAGGGUUGAUUUGGAACCUAUUGAAUAAGGCCUUUUUAGGCCUGUAAGGGUUAUUAUGUCUUUGUAAACAGUAUUUUGUAUUGCAAUCCUGAUUUGAAUUGAUAAGGAUAUACCAAGUAGUCUGCAAAUAAGCUGGAUCACAGUACAUGUCAGAUAUAUCUAAAGCAGAGUUAUUUUCUUCAAUUAAGCCUAAAAAGCAGUUUGUGCCUCAGUUUAGAUGACUUUUCUCUGCACUAAACUAGCCUAUACCUGACUAUUUGACCAAUCAUUUUUUCCCCUUUUUCCAGUGAUUACACUUUCUUUGCAUAUAUUGGCACAAUGCAAGGUUUAGUGACUGUAAAAAGGAGUAAAACAAAUACUUCAGGGAAUGCAAAAAGGUAUGAACUACUCUUUACUUUUGUAAGAGAACUUGUAUUCAUAAUGUGCUUUGCUGCAAAAUGUAAAUAGCUGAAUGGCUUAUGAAUCUUACUUGUAACCGUUUCGGGUAUUUUUGUACAAAUAAGGGACUGAUAUAUUCUGUUUAUUGUAAUUAGAAUAAAACAUUAAUACAUUGAUAUUCAUAUAAAACUGUUUUAUUGCUUGACUUUUACACCACAAUAAAUUGACUGAAAGGAGGGUUGAGUACACAUGCUAGCCUUACAGUUCAAACAGAAAUGGUAUAAUAACUCUGAGGGGGAAAAGAAUAUGUUCUCAGAGGGAAACGCUUACAUUAAUAAAUAAAUGUAUUAUUAUUAUUGUUA